CGGUGGUACUGCACUAUCCUUACAGCUCACACACGCCUUGUAGCUCUCACACACCUUACUAAGAGCCUAGAAGCAAGGUGGAAAUGGCGGAAGCUCCAAAGUUUAACCUUCGCAAUCCCGCUGUGAAGCGUAUUAUGCAGGAGAUAAAGGAAAUAAAGCAGGACACAUCCGGCGAUAUACUAGCAGAGGCUCUCGAGACGGACAUUUUCGAGUGGCAUUUCGUGAUACGUGGGCCCCGGGACACCGAGUUUGAGGGCGGCAUCUACCAUGGCCGCAUCCUGCUGCCCGCCGACUACCCCUUCAAGCCGCCCUCUUUUAUGAUGCUCACCCCCAACGGCCGCUUCGAGACCAACGUCAAGAUCUGCCUCUCCAUCUCCUCGCACCACCCGGAGCACUGGCAGCCCUCCUGGAGUGUGCGCACCGCCCUCACCGCGCUCAUCGCCUUCAUGCCCAGUCCGGGAGCGGGCGCGCUAGGAGCGCUGGCACCCAAUUCCCCGCUCCAGGAUUUCCCCAAGGAGGAGCGCCGCCUGCUGGCCGCCCGCAGCCGCGCCGAGGUGCCCCGCUUCGGCAGUGCGGAGCGGCAGCGGGUCAUCGAUGACAUGCACGCGCGCAUGCUGGCCAUGCCAGGCAGCGCAGCGGCGGCGCAGCAGGCAGCAGUGAUUGCCCCUACGCCGGCAGCAGCAGCGGCGGAGAAGGCGCCGGCUGGGGCGGGUGGCGAGCUGGCCGGGAGUCAGCAGCCGCAGCAACCGGCGCCAGCAGCUGAGGGGGAUGCGUCAGGAAGCGCUGGGCAACGGGCGGGUGGUGUUGAAGCCAGCGGCGCAGGCUCAUUUGCAGCAGGCGUGCCGGCUUUACAGCCGGCGGGAGCAGCGGCCACUGGCGCAGCGGAGGCGGCCGGAGCGGUGUCAUCUCCGGCUGCGCACCAGCCUUGCGCCCCGUCCAAGGAGCCCACCUCGUCACAAGCCAACGCAUCCACAUCAGCACCCCAGCCGCACGCGCCCUGCUGCCCGCCUUCCUCCUCGUCCUCCUCACCUGCCCUAGCCGCAUCAACAGCCCCUGCCGCCCCCGCUGCGGCUGCACGGCUCUGCACGGAUCACAGCCACAAUCACAGCCCAGCAGCUGCCUCUGCCAUCCGCCGACCGCAGCCCCCCUCCACACCAGCCCACACGACCACCACCACACGCCCCACCACCGCCUCUGCCGUACAUGCCCCCGGCGGCACUGCUGCUGCUGCUGCUCGUGCUGCUACCGGCGGCGGCGGGCUGACCAGCACGGACCACAUGCUGACGGCGCUGAUGUGGGCGCUGUACGUGGGCAUCGGAGCCAUCCUGCUGCGCAAGGUGAUGGGCGCCAUGGGGGUGGACCUGGCGGAGCUCAUGAGGCAGUAGGGGGAGGGCCGGCAGCGAAGGGAUAACCAACUACCGGUGGUUUGCCGAGGCUCCGUGGUAGUUUCAUCAUGGACAGGCGGCAGAGGGCUGAGUAUGGGAGAUGGGUACCGGUAAAAAUAAGGUUACUGACGAACUGGCUGACGAGGCUAAACCAUGGGUUGUUGAUUGUACCCGGCCCAUCCCGCGGGCGCUGCCCUGGUAACCUGCCAGGGUGGUCCCGUGGGUGGUGGAGGGGGGCGGGGAAAGGAUACGGCGCUGCAGCUAAGGUGUGAUGCUGGUGGGCGGCAGGUUCCCGUGAUGUCAGGGGCUUUGUCAGGAGUGGGGAUGUGCGUUUGGCAGGCCGUAUGAGCCGCAGGUUGAAAUGCCCAAUCCAUUCAGCAUGAAGAGGAUGAUGUAAGAUAUGUGCGAAGCAUGCCGAGCUGCGGUUGCGGGAGUCUGAGUUAGAGCUGUGUACCGGUAAUUCUGUACUGUUCCAAGUCAUUGAUGUGUUGGUGCUCUUAGCUUUUGGGAAACCUGCGCAGGCGUGUAACGCCCUAACAUGUGUCAUGAAGUAUAACAGGUGCGUAAGGUCGCUGCGGCUGGGUGAGUGGUUGCUGUGGUUUGGUGCAGCCUGCACCUCAGGUGCACUUGAGCACUAGGCAACGCUUUGUUUAUGUAAUCCGGUGGCGUAAAGCUCUUACCAAGGCAAGACGCCUAUACAUGCGCAUUAGUAGUCUAGUUGGGCGCGGAGGCACAGGGACAGGGCCUACAACGUGGAGGAGAGGAGUCUUGCUUUGCCUUUGCGCUGAUGGAUAGUGUGGUGUACCAUAGCAGGUAAUGCCUGUAUGCGAUAGUGGUGCAGGUGCGGACCCCAACUGUGAUGUUGUGAGCGCUGCAAAACCAGUCUUGUACGACUUCGGGUUGGCUGCGGUAGUAAAACGGAUAUGCGAUUUUGUGUGUUAUGUGUCCAUUCCGAGAGUGCUUGAGAAGUGAGUUGAGUAACGGCUGAUCUGCAAAGAGUGAUGCGGUCGCUCUUGCACAUGCAAGGAGGGCAGAGCUAGCCGCCGAACACGCAGGUAGUGGUCUCGGAUACGACAACCACGCACGGACCCACGUCGGCAGAUGAGAUGAGGAAGGCACCUAACGACGCUGAUGGGAUUGUAGGCUUCUCUUAUGUACCGGUAUCUUAUAUGCCCCAAAGAGGUGCAUCGCCACCCACAACUGCUUGAGAAUCAGAAUGAUCAGGAUCGGGCCCUUGUCCGUUGUUGCCGUGCGUGCGGCCAUGCAAUGAGUCAUGUCGCGCAAUCUAUAGAAAGCCAGCGAAGUUUACUUGUGGUGCAAAGGGAGUAACCAUUCAGUGCUUUUAGUCCUUUUUAUUGCAAAUUCCACACAAUGAGCAAGCAACUUUCUGCGCCCCUGACCUGCCUGACUGCGGGCGGUCUUGGAGUUGCGUACGCAGCGCUCCAGCUUCGUGUAGGCCUUCAUCGCUUAAAGAAUGGUAUUAGCCUCGGGACGGCCGCUGAGGGAAAGGCCGAGGACAAGGUGCUCCUCGCUAAGAUGCGCGCUGGAGGCAACAUGCAGGAGUACGUGCCCACCGGUCUGCUGCUGAUGCUGCUGCUGGAGACCGCAAGCCCGCUGCCCGCCCGCCUGGUGGCGCUGUACGGCGCCGCGCUGGCCGCCUCCCGCCUGGCAGUGGCCUACGCGCUCAGCCGCUCCGCCGACCCCUCCUUCAACCCAGUGCCGGCCCGCAAGUACGGCUUCCUCACCACCCUGGGUUGCCUGGUGGCGGGGGGAGCGUACCUGGCGGUGCAGGGGGCCAAGGCGCUGCGCAAGUAGGGGGGCAGGCCGCGGGGGCAGAGGAGGGGGGUGGAGGAGUGCUGAGCGGGUGGGGUUUGCGGCGCGUGGGGUGGCGUGUUGGUAUGCACGCUACGUGUGAUAAGGGUUCCGGACGGGUGGUGCGAUGCCCACAACGGUAAGCGCGCGAAGAUGGGAAUGACGUUUUGAGGAGCCACAAAGAGGCAAGCUGAGCACAGUUGGCUGAGUAAAGAGAGAAGCAGCUUGAGGGCCGGUGAAGAGGAAAUAACUGACCGUGUGGGUUGGUGCGAGGACAUGCGGCUGCCUCUAGGCGUGCAUGUGGUGCGCUGGGAUGAUUGCCGCACCAACUGCUGCUCCCAGCCGUAGCUUGUCUGGCCUAGUAAAGAAAAAGCGUGCACAGCCGUAUCUAUAUAACUCAUGACCGCUACUGAUGAUCGGGACAGCCAGGUGUAGAUAAUAGCGGCUCUGGUGCCCGGGUGGCGCUUGCCUGCUCUGGGGCGCCUCAGAUGUGCAUACCGGUAGCAGCCGAUGCCGGCGGGUGUUUUAACUUGAAGUGUGCAUGCAACACACUUCAGCAGGAGGAAUUGUACGAUGAAGGGGGCUCUAAAGAGCACCUGCUGUGUCGCCGU